AGUGGAAAAGCAGCCUAUCAUCAUACGCGGCUCGACUAGGGGGUGCCACUCGUUAUGGGGCAAACGCAUCUCGGCACCGUAUGAAGCAAUCAAAGCGCAUUUGAAAAGGCAUUAUAGAACAGAACUGUUUUCUCCAAACCAGGAGAGGCACGAGUUUGUCAGCUCGACCACCAGAACGAAACCACAAGACGAGAGGGAAGAAGCCCCUCCUUGCCCGUAGCCACCAGCGCGGCGGCUGACGAGACUGCGCGCUGCAGUCGCAGCCCUCUGCACCAGACUCUCGUUCCUGCUCCAGUCGUCCGAUCAGCGGUGACCUAUUUGUUGAGGAUAGAAAAGGGCAGCUGCUGCCUCUCUCAAAUUCUGUAUGACUCCUGUCAUGGCAUCCUCUGUGAUCAGCCGUCAUCUUGCGCUGUCCCGCCACAAAAACCUACGCCUCAGUCUUUCAGGAUGCCGAUAUGCAAGCAAAGCGGCACCAAAGGUCCAGGUGGACUUUGAUUAUAAUGGACCCUCCAUGAAAACUGAAGUCCCUGGGCCAAGAUCACAGGAGCUGACAAAACAACUGGGAGAAAUUCAGAAUGUUGGCGCUAUCAAUUUCUUCUGUAACUAUGAGGAGAGCAGGGGCAAUUACCUGGUGGAUGUGGAUGGCAACCGCAUGCUGGACAUCUACACUCAGAUCUCUUCCAUUCCUAUUGGAUACAACCACCCUGCUCUCCUCAAACUGAUGUCCAACCCCAACAAUCUGAGUACGAUUGUGAACAGACCCGCCCUCGGAAUCUUGCCGCCUGAGAAUUUCGCUGACAAAAUCACAGAAAGUCUUCUUUCAGUGGCUCCAAGUGGAUUGAGUCGUGUCCAGACAAUGGCCUGUGGCUCUUGCUCCAAUGAGAACGCAUACAAGGCCAUGUUUAUCUGGUACAGGAAUAAAGAGCGAGGCCACAACUCACCAUCUGAUGAAGACGUCAACUCCUGCAUGAUAAACCAGGGCCCAGGUUGUCCAGACUUAAGUAUUUUAUCUUUCAUGGGUGGUUUCCAUGGUAGGACUCUGGGUUGCUUGGCUACGACACACUCCAAAGCAAUACAUAAGCUGGAUGUGCCCACUUUUGAUUGGCCGAUGGCCCCAUUCCCCAGACUGCAGUAUCCAUUGGAGGAGUUCAGCAGAGAGAAUGCACAGGAGGAGGCUCGCUGUUUGGAGGAGGUGGAGGACCUGAUCGUUAAGUGGCGACAGAAGGGUAAGCCUGUUGCAGGGAUUGUAAUUGAACCCAUUCAAGCUGAGGGAGGAGAUAAUCACGCCUCCGCGGAUUUCUUCAGGAGUCUCCGAAAAAUUGCAGGCAAGCAUGGCUGUGCUUUCCAUGUGGAUGAGGUCCAAACUGGAGGAGGGUCCACAGGAAAGUUCUGGGCCCAUGAGCACUGGGGCAUGGACGACCCCGCUGACAUUGUCUCCUUCAGCAAGAAGCUUCUGACUGGUGGCUUCUACUACAAGCUUGAAUUACAGGCUGAUAAGCCCUUCCGCAUCUUUAACACAUGGAUGGGUGACCCUUCAAAGAACGUGUUACUGACUGAGGUCCUCAGUGUGAUUCGCAGAGAAAACCUCCUGGUGGAGGUGAACCGUUCAGGAAAAGCCUUAUUGAAUGGCCUGCAUGAAUUACAGGCUCAGUACCCUGGCAUCCUGAGUCGAGCUCGAGGACAAGGAACCUUCUGUGCCAUUGAUGUCUGCGAUGAUGAAACACGCAGCAACGUCCUUAUGAAGGCCCGAAACAAGGGUAUCUUGCUGGGAGGGUGUGGGGAUCGGUCAAUCCGUUUCCGUCCAGCGCUGGUCUUCAAGGAGUACCACGUGCACAUGUUCCUCAACAUCUUCAAUGAUGUGUUGGCCCAGAUCAAAUGAUAAGGCAAAACAACAUUCGAAGAAAGAAAUCCGGAAUAGUGGGAAACCUCCUUACCGUCCAUGACAAGAUAAGCACAAACCACACUAAUGAAAAAGACCUUCGAAAGAGCCAAGGUCGGUUGAGUUUAACCAAGCCACAAGCUUGAUAACAAUGUCUCUGUCCAUGUGAUGUGCACUAUACAUUGAUUUUUUUAUUUCACAUCAUUGUCAUAAUUCUAUAAAUCAGUGUGGGAAUGACAGUAAACCAAAGGGAAGCAGAAUCUAUCACGUGGACAGAUGUAAACUGGCAACGCAGUGGGUGAAGUAUGCAAAAUCCAACACCGUAAUCUAUAUUAUUUACCAGCAUCUGUCUCCUUGUAACCAUCAACAGGUUGUUCUCGAAAGAUACUUUUUUAGAUCUCAUACAGCAACUUUCACGAACAACAAACUGAUGCUUCAUCUCUUAUGUGCUCCAGUUACACAGUAUUCUAAUCAAUAACUACAAUGAAAGUGUGCUGGAAUCUGAUAUCAUUUCACAAUCAUGAAAAUGUAGUAAACCAAGUUAUUUUGUCAUACAAGUAAGUAUUGAGAGUUGUCUCCAUAUAUAACUACUUGUCCCUUCACAAGAAGAAUUAGUCAUUGAUGGACUUUCAACAAACUGUGCAAUCAUUUUUGUACACAAUUUGGGGAGUUUUGUUUUUUUCUUCUGUAAAAUUACAUCCUCAUUCUUUAUGAAUCUCACAGAAUUCUGAAUGAUUUGCAAAGCAGGCAAGAACAGCACAACACUAACCCUUUUAAGACUAGCCAUCUUAAAAGUGUAGGACUGUUAUUUAGACAGCAUUAAUUGCAUGUAGGCGGCACGGUGGAGACUGGUUAGAGUGUCAGCCUCACAGUUCUGAGGACCCGGGUUCAAUCCCCGGCCCCGACUGUGUGGAGUUUGCAUGUUCUCCCCGUGCCUGCGUGGGUUUUCUCCGGGCACUCCGGUUUCCUCCCACAUCCCAAAAACAUGCAUAAAUUGGAGACUCUAAAUUGCCCGUAGGUGUGACUGUGAGUGCGAAUGGUUGUCUGUUUGUAUGUGCCCUGCGAUUGGCUGGCAACCAGUUCAGGGUGUACCCCGCCUCCUGCCCGAUCACAGCUGGGAUAGGCUCCAGCACGCCCGCGACCCUAGUGAGGAUAAGCGGCUCAGAAAAUGGAUGGAUGGAUAAUUGCAUGUAAAUGAUGCCGAAAAAUACUCCCGAGGUUUAACUCAAUGCUCAGAGCAAGGUACUGGAUUUACACCCUUAUCGCCUGUCCCCUCAUCACCUGACAUCAUUAAAAUUGGCACGAAUACUUCUUUGAGAAAUCAGACAGACAUCUUUGAUACAGGAUUAAGUGUUAGUGAUGAGUGCAAUGCCAGCUUGCGUGUCAGUGUCCCAUUUAAAAUGGCCGUCUAAUGAUUCUGCCUGUCGUCUUGCUAUUAAUAGGAAUGACUCCGCUUGAUAUGUUGUAGCACAGACAAAUGCCAACCUUAAAUUGACCGUGAAAAGGUCCCCGAAUAUUUAGUGCCUGAUACUUGGCAUUUUUUAUUUAAAUAUUACUUUUAGUACUCAUGCAGUGUUUGCGGCCAGUCAUUAAAGCCCUUUCACAUUUUUUUCCCCCCAUGUCUAGAACGGACUGCAUUUGGCCGCUAUUGGUCUUUUGUGUUUACUUCGGAAAUAACAUAACAUUGAACGAAUAAGGUUAAAAACGAAGUCCAAAUGUACCUCACUAGCUACACCUCAACAAUAUGGAAUCCCAUAAGAUGGGAUGAUUGUUGUCUCUACUUCAACCUUGAAGGAUAGUGAUGCUCUUUUGUCAUCAUGGGUACUUGCUAGGCUCGAAAAUUCUCUGAGUGUAAGUUAAAAAUCCAGUGCACUGAAGUUAUUAAACUUAAACGGGCCGUUCGAUGGGGUAUAUGAGCACUUGUGAUUUUUACAAAGAUGUAGCACAUUAUGUCUCACAGCUUUAUGGCACAUUCGUACAUGUUUGUGUAAAUUCAAAAGAUGCACGAGAAAUUAUGUUUAAAUAUUGCUACAACAUGUCAGACCAUCUUUGUGACUGUUCCAUGCAAUCUUUUGAGCAGGUGUCAGAAAAGUGUAUCCAGUAACGUACCAUCUGUCUUGUAUGAAUUACUUAAACAUAGUGUAUAUUGCAAUCUUCUCGGGAGCCAUUUGGUUGGUUAACAAUGUGGAAUACAAUAGCAAUAUAUAUAUAUAUAUAUUGCUCCACUCCUUGUGAGGUGCGGAUAACAAGCCUGUUUAAAAAUAUUUGCACUUGAGAUCUGAUCUAAUGAUGUAAUUACUUGAGAUGGCUAUAACUAUUGUCUUUACUAUAUAAACACUGUCCGUGUACGGUGAUAAAUAAAUGACAUUUUGACUAACUUA